AGGAGAAACAACGACACCGAGUCAACGCUGGUCUGCGCCAUCAUUGUGGGUAUUACGGUAAUGGUACUGAUGAGGGAUGAGUCAGGCUAUAUGAUGCUGAUGAUCCUGCCAUUUCAUCAGCACAUUUUUACAAACAUCUUUUCAUCCUUUAUCAUGAGAUUGGCAGCACGAUUCUGCAAGCCGUUUGGGGGAUUUCUUAAGGCGAUCGUUGCUAAUGCAAACGGCCUGCACGAUUGUUCUUGGUAGUUGGUUGCACCCUUAAAGCGGAAACUAGUUGCAUAUUAUUUCCUUACAAACGUGCUCGGGGUGGGUGGCCUUGGAUGCUUUGCCUGGGAACGGCACUGACUGCACUGCUGAUUUUCCAGCUCUGAAGACAAUGAAGACCAUGGGUUUUGCCAUCGCAAGACACUGAGCGGCUUAACUGAGAUUUCAUGAGAUAUGGAAGCUAUAUGGCUAUACCAGUUUCGAUUGAUCGUCAUUGGCGACUCGACAGUGGGGAAGUCUUGUCUGAUCAGGCGUUUCACAGAGGGCCGUUUUGCACAGGUGUCUGACCCCACAGUUGGAGUGGACUUUUUUUCACGUCUGGUGGAGAUAGAGCCAGGCAAACGCAUCAAACUUCAGAUCUGGGACACAGCUGGACAAGAGAGGUUCAGGUCUAUCACCAGGGCGUACUACCGUAACUCUGUGGGCGGACUUCUGCUGUUUGACAUCACCAACCGGCGCUCCUUCCAGAAUGUUCACGAGUGGCUGGAGGAGGCGCGCAGCCACGUGCAGCCGCACAGCAUUGUCUUCCUGCUGGUGGGCCACAAGUGUGACUUGGAGGCGCAGCGGCAGGUGAGCCAGCAGGAGGCGGAAAAGCUGGCAUCAGCGUACGGCAUGCGCUAUGUGGAGACGUCAGCACGCGACGCUAUCAAUGUGGAAAGGGCUUUCACUGAGCUGACCCGAGACAUCUUCGAGCUGGUCAAACGGGGUGACAUCACCAUCCAGGAAGGCUGGGAGGGUGUGAAGAGUGGCUUUGUGCCCAACGUUGUCCACUCGUCUGAGGAAGUGACCAAGAGUGACCGCCGCUGCCUCUGUUGAUCGACCAACACUUGCAGGUGUAUCAUGUUCCUCCUCUGCAAAACCCAGUCAUAUUGUGCUCCCUCAGCUUGGCAAUCUAACACUGCUCCUUUCUUCCUUCUCGACGACUUCCUGACCACAGCAGAACAUAACAGUGCCCCAAUGCAUUAAUCACAAAGAUACAUUUUAGGACACUUCUUCUAAGCUUCAGCUUCUCCUGUUUACUUCAAGUAAACCUCACUACUGAUUCCUAAUGCUUGACUGUGUGCAAAUAUCAGUUUAAAGUGCAACAACAGCCCCACUUAACAAAGCAAUGAACUUUGGGACGUUAAAAUGGACGGGCUUUGGGUUUUUUUUGGCCCUUGCAUGGAAAAAUGAAACCAGGACGAGAACUGCUUGAAUAUAUGAAUGCAUUGCCUCCUUGACUUGGUCCCAGUCUUUUAAUCCCAAGACAGAAGCAAAGUUCACAAAUCCAGUUCAGUCAUCAGCGGUUUCCCCUCCAAUAAAAAUGACUUGGAUGGACAUGAAAGGGGAUAGCCUAUCAAAUCAAAGUUAUCUGUGGUUGUUAGUUUUUUU